UGUAGACACUUCACAACAUGGCUGCCUCCUAUCCUACAAAGUGCACAACAAUCAUGUCUAAAAGCUGAAAUAUAUCAUAUACAUUUACUGUGUUGUGCAGAAUGGAUAUUAGUUUAAAAACGGGGUUUUACAGGCUAAAAAAAAGCUUUGGUAAAAGACUGUACACAGACAUCUGUUCUAGUUAUUUCACUCUGACAACACAAUCACACCGUACAAUACACAAAUAAACAUAAAAGCUUCAAUGUCUCUUCAACGAUGUUGAGUUUUCUGUAUGCCAGGCAAUCAGGGCUUGACGACCCAGUUCGUCUGAGACGUGCAGAGUCCACAAGAAGGGUGCUGAGUCUGAAGUUGAACCACAACAGAGAUGUUGAUCGUAUUCAUGGCAAUGGAAUUAACACCCUGGACAUUGAGGUUAUUGAUGGAAGAUAUAUGUUGUCAGGUGGAUCUGAUGGCGUAAUUGUGAUCUAUGACUUGGAAAACAACAGCAAGAAGCCUCAAUACACUUGCAAAGCAAUCUGCACAGUGGGCAGGUCCAGUCGGCAUGUGCAUAAAUUCAGCGUUGAAACAGUGCAAUGGUACCCGCAUGACACCGGUAUGUUUGUAUCCAGUUCGUUCGACAAAACCAUGAAAGUCUGGGACACAGAAACUCUUAAGCCAGCUGAGGAGUUCCAGUUUGAUGGCAAUGUCUACUGUCAUCACAUGUCUCCUGUAGCCAGGAGGCACAGUCUUGUAGCAGCUCUAUUGUGCUCUGUGUUGGCAGUUGGUACCAAAGACCCCAAAGUGCAGCUUUGUGAUCUGAAGUCUGGGUCGCGCAUCCACAUCCUUCAGGGUCACAGGGGCGAGAUCCUCUCAGUCAGAUGGUCUCCACGAUACGAUCACAUCCUGGCCACUGCCAGCACUGACAGUAGGGUCCGUAUCUGGGAUGUGAGAAGAGCCUCUGGGAGUCUUUUUACUUUGGACCAGCACAAUGGGGACAAAUCCAAGGUCUCAUCUGAAGCAGUGAACACAGCACACAAUGGGCGAGUGAAUGGAUUGUGCUUCACAGCUGAUGGACUUCAUCUCCUCUCUACUGGGACAGAUGAUCGCAUGCGCCUGUGGAACAGUGGCACAGGGGAAAACACAUUAGUGAACUAUGGGAAGGUUGUGAACGAGAGUCGCAAAGGCCUCAAGUUUACUGUAUCGAGGGGCUGCAGUCCGGAGUUUGUGUUUGUGCCAUGUGGCAGUUCGGUAGCGGUGUACGGGCUUCACUCAGGAGAGCUGAUCACUAUGUUGAGGGGACAUUAUAAUAACGUAGACUGCUGUGAGUUCCACCCAGACUAUCAGGAGCUGUACAGUGGAGGUAAAGAUUGUAACAUCCUGGCCUGGGUCCCAGUGCUGAGACAGCCUGGCAUUGAGGAUGAUGAAACCAACUCGAAACGGGGUGGAACACAAGCUGCUAUCAAUCCUGCUUUUGAAGAUGCCUGGAGCAGUGAUGAAGACUGACAGAGCAAGGAAUCCAUCAAACAGUUUUUUUUUAAAUAUCCAAAUAAACUACUAUAUACUGUACAUUCCUUCAGAGGUUAAUGUGCCCUUACUGCAUUCUGUUGCAUAUUGCAUCAAUGGAUGCACAUGAAGUGAAUGGACAUAAAAAAAGUCUGAUGGAUGUCGAGUAUUUCCAUUGGUUGUCACCUACUGAUUUGCCUGUGGAUUUUAAGUUUUUCAUUGUCUUGAGCUUGUGUCUUGAGCUUCACUUCUGCAGGAUUUGUAGGUUCACAUAGAUGUGAACUACAAGUUCUCAUAUCUUUAGAACCAAUA